UCGCGGAUAGGACAAUACGCACACGCACACUUCCUGCAUUGUCUGUGUGACCGGAAGAUACAUGCAGGCUAGCCUCGCUUCGUACGCGGCGGCAGCCAUGCCGGCUCUCGACCUGCUCCCCGAGAAGGCGCACGUGCACCAGCCCGACAUGACGCCCUCGCACCAUGGCUGGGACGGCAAUGUCGCCGGUGCCGCCGCACCCACCGCCAUGCCCAGGAGGCUGGACGGGAAGGUGGCCAUUGUGACCGGCGGCGCGCGGGGGAUCGGUGAGGCCAUCGUGAGGCUGUUCGUGAAGCACGGGGCGAGGGUGGUGAUCGCGGACAUCGACGACGCAGCUGGGAAGGCGCUGGCGGCGGCGCUGGGCCCGCAGGUCAGCUGCGUGCGCUGCGACGUGUCCGUGGAGGAGGACAUGAAGCGCGCCGUCGACUGGGCCCUUGCGCGGCAUGGCCGACUGGACAUUUUCUGCAAUAACGCCGGGGUGCUGGGCAGCCAGACGCGCGCCGCCAAGAGCAUCCUGUCCUUCGACGCGGGCGAGUUCGACCGCGUGCUCCGCGUCAACGUGCUGGGCGCCGCGCUCGGCAUGAAGCACGCGGCGCUCGCCAUGGCGCCGCGCCGCGCGGGGAGCAUCGUCUCCGUCGCCAGCGUCGCCGGCGUGCUCGGCGGGCUGGGGCCGCACGCCUACACCGCGUCCAAGCACGCCGUCGUGGGGCUCACCAAGAACGCCGCGUGCGAGCUCGGCGCGCACGGCAUCCGCGUCAACUGCGUUUCACCCUUCGGCGUGGCCACCCCGAUGCUCAUCAACGCCUGGAGGCAGGGCCACGACGACGCGGACGACGCCGACGUCGAUAUCGACAUCACCGUGCCGAACGACGAGGAGGUGGAGAAGAUGGAGGAGGUGGUCAGGGGCUUCGCCACGCUGAAGGGCCCGACGCUCAGACCCAGGGACGUCGCUGAGGCGGUGCUCUUCUUGGCCAGCGACGAGUCCAGAUACAUCUCCGGCCACAACCUCGUCGUGGACGGCGGCGUCACCACAUCAAGAAACCUAAUUGGGUUGUGAGUGUGAUUAUCAAUCACUAGAUUGCUGCAUUAAUUAGUUCUUGUUCGUCUAGAUGGUGGAACAGUUAGAAGAAAAGAUUGUUCAGGCUGUGAGGUGCAAUUAUACUAUAAGUUCAUUUCAUUUGGUUGAUUGAUUCAUCAACAAA